AUGGGUAUCGGUGCCUUUCCUUCUUCGCAUCCUAGUCCGCCAAUUUGGUCCAUCUGUGUGGUGAUUACACUUGAAGUUACCGUCAUCGAUGAAGCUUAUUGCUUCCGUUUGCUACGCUACCGUGACCUCAAUCCCAUCCAUCUCCUCCGGUGGCUCUCUAUUCAACCACAUAGGCUGGUCGCCCUGCGACGUGCGAAGGCGUUCACAAGUCUGGCCCACCUCCGCGCCGAACCAGCCCUCCAUCUGUCAUGGAUCGCACCAAGGAAUAUUCUAUCUGAUCUGAUAUUCAGCGAUGAAUUUACACGGACCCACCCUAGUCGUGCUUGGCGACUAUCGUGCGACAGGUGUGCCUUGUUCUCCUUGGGGGAUGAGAAGUUUGAGGGAGAGACCCGGGAUUGGUUCGUGCCGAUGCUGCAUUACACGUGCGAGCACGUCAAGAAUCGACUUUUACCUCAUCCAUCUCUUCGCCGUUUCUAG